AUGGCGUCACGUGGAUGGGAGCGCGACGAAGACCUGGCUCGGCGUGACGACGCCUCUAGCGCCACCGCUAAAGCUGCACCAGCUACACAGGACGGUGGAGAAGAUGCGAGCAAUUUGGACGCGCCUGUCGUGACCCAGAAGCGGCGACGCAACAUGCUGCGCGAGUCGCACCUCGUCUCGGCCGAGGGCUUUAAGAAGGUGCAUCGAACAUUCCCGUACCAGGUUUCAGCUGAUGUAUCUGGCCGAGAGUCACAAUCUUUGGCGUCGUUGAUCAAUAUGUACAAGCAAUGGGCCUUCGACUUGUACCCGGGUCUAAACUUUGAGGACUUUAUUGACCGGGCGGAGACGCUGGGCAAAGGACAUCAGGUGCAAGGACUCAUGAUAGAGCUACGGGAGAAAGAAAAAAUGAAGGCUGUGAAGAAAAGAGAAGAAGAAGAGGAGAAAGAGCGGGAGGAGAAGGGAGAGAGUGACAGUGAAGGCGAGGAAGCCAUGCUUUAAGACCAACGCCUUAAAAUGGAUACAUUUGUAUGUUACACUUUGCAA